AUGAGGGUGAUACUCUUGGCUGUGGUUUACAUCCCAUUGGCCAUGGCCAUGGAACGAAUCCCUCUCACUCGAUUCAAAUCUAUCAAGAAAAAGCUGAAAGAAAAGGGACAAUUAGAGGAAUUCUGGAGGAAUCACUACCCGGACGUUUUUGCCCGGAGGUACCUGCAUUGUUUCCCUGCAGAUAUUGCUUUGUCUGUAGGAACUGCCUCAGAAAGGCUGUAUGAUUACAUGAAUGCACAGUACUACGGCGUUGUGAGCGUGGGGACACCGCCACAGACCUUCACCGUCGUCUUCGACACCGGCUCCUCCAAUUUUUGGGUCCCUUCUGCUUACUGCGUCAGCGAAGCGUGCCGGAUGCACCAGAAAUUUAAGUCCUUUCAGUCGGAUUCGUAUGAGCACGGAGGGAAAGCUUUCUCCUUGCAGUACGGCACGGGGCAGCUUCUGGGCGUUGCUGGCAAAGACACACUGCAGAUAAGUAACAUCUCCAUCAAGGGACAGGAUUUUGGCGAGUCAGUAUUUGAACCUGGAAUAACCUUUGCCCUUGCCCAUUUUGAUGGUGUGCUGGGUUUGGGAUACCCUUCCCUAGCAGUGGGCAAUGCUCUGCCUGUGUUUGACAGCAUCAUGAACCAGCAGCUGGUAGAGGAGCCAAUCUUCUCUUUCUAUCUGAAAAGAGGAGAUGACACUGAGAAUGGUGGUGAGUUGAUUCUGGGGGGCAUAGACCAUUCUCGCUACAAAGGUUCAAUCCACUGGGUCCCAGUCACUGAGAAAAGCUACUGGCAAAUACACCUGAACAACAUAAAGAUCCAGGGCAGGGUGGCACUUUGCUCUCAUGGCUGCGAAGCCAUCGUUGACUCAGGCACUUCUCUUAUCACUGGCCCCUCUUCAGAAAUCAGGCGGUUACAGGAGCGUAUUGGGGCAAGUCCAUCACAUAUGGGAGAGUUUCUUGUAGACUGCAGAAGACUGUCCAGCUUGCCUCACAUCACCUUCACAAUCGGACACCACGAAUACAAGCUGACAGCAGAGCAAUACGUUGUGAAGGAGUCUAUUGAAGACCAGACCUUCUGCAUCAGUGGCUUUCAGCCUCUGGACAUCCCCACCCGCUCUGGCCCGCUCUGGAUUUUAGGAGAUGUCUUUAUGUCUGCAUUUUACUGCAUUUUUGACCGUGGGAAUGACAGAGUGGGAUUUGCAAAAGCUGUUCAUAGGAAGGAUUACUACUGA